AUGAGCGGCGGCGUCGCGGGCGCGCGCAGCCCGCUGCCAGCAGUCGCGCGGCAGCCGCACCUCCUCAGCGCGAGCGCCGCGCGCGCGAGUGGACGGCUGGGAUGGCGGCAGUGGUGCGCCCGUGAGUCGCGGUGCCCGCAUCUGAGCGACGCGGACGAUUCCCGACGGCAUUGCGACUCCUUGCAGCGAAUGCGACAGUCGCACGGCCGGCAGCGAUCGCAUGCACGGUGUGAGGCGGCGGCCCCCCCGAAGAUAGAGAUCCGCGGGUUGACGCGGAGGGCGGCGAGCACGGGCGCGCUGAUUCUGGACGGCGUGGCGCUGCGCGUGGCGCGCGGGCAGCUGUUCGGGCUGAUCGGGCCCUCGGGGAGCGGCAAGUCCACGCUGCUGCGCGCCAUCAACCGCCUGUGGGAGCCGACACGUGGCACCGUGUGGGUGGACGGCUGUGACGUCACCACCAUGGACGUGCAGCAGCUGAGGCGGCGCGUGGGCAUGGUGUUCCAGAGCCCGCACCUCUUCCCUGGCACGGUGGCGGACAACGUGAGGUACGGGCCGGGGCUGCAGGGGGUGGCGGUGGGGGUGGAGGAGCAGCAGAGCCUGCUGCUGCGCGCGGGCCUCGACCCCUCCUCCGCCUUCCUGCACCGCCAAGCCCACGAGCUGUCAGGCGGCGAGGCGCAGCGCGUGUCCAUCGCCCGCGCGCUCGCCAACUCCCCUCAGGUUCUCCUGCUGGACGAGCCGACGAGCUCACUGGACCCCACGGCGACGCGCAAGGUGGAGGAGACGAUCGAGCGGCUGCUGCGCGAGGAGGGGCUGACGGUGGUGCUGGUGUCGCACAGCAUGCCGCAGAUCGAACGCGUGGCCGACGUCACCGCACUGCUCAGCCAGGGCCGCGUGGUGGAGGUGGGGCCACCGGGGGAGCUCAGGGAGAGUGACAAUCCCGAUGUGGCGAGCUUCUUCACUGGGGAGCUCAGCUGA